AUCCAACAUUGACCCCCUUGGGAGGCACCGAGCUCCGUCGGCUCGUUUCCGGCGGUCGCGCGCUCUUUUCUCGGGACGGUGGAGGCCGUGCAGCGUCGCCGUUACUCUGAGCAAAGAACUGUGGGCAGAGGAAGUCGGGGUUAGAGAGGAUUGGGAGACAGACACUUUGCUGUGCUCAAAUCGAAGUCAAGGGUGCAAACAUGCAGAGCAAUAAAACCUUUAACUUGGAGAAGCAGAACCAUACUCCAAGGAAGCACCAUCAACAUCACCACCAGCAGCACCAUCAGCAGCAGCAGCAACAGCAGCAGCAACCACCCCCACCAAUACCUGCAAAUGGACAGCAGGCCAGCAGCCAGAAUGAAGGUUUAACCAUUGACCUGAAGAACUUUAGGAAACCAGGAGAGAAGACUUUCACCCAACGAAGCCGUCUCUUUGUGGGCAAUCUUCCUCCUGACAUCACUGAGGAGGAAAUGAGGAAACUUUUUGAGAAAUACGGGAAAGCAGGCGAGGUUUUCAUUCAUAAGGAUAAAGGCUUUGGCUUUAUUCGCUUGGAAACACGAACCCUAGCGGAAAUUGCCAAAGUGGAGUUGGAUAAUAUGCCACUCCGUGGAAAGCAGCUACGUGUGCGCUUUGCCUGUCAUAGUGCAUCCCUUACAGUCCGCAACCUUCCUCAGUAUGUGUCCAACGAACUGCUGGAGGAAGCCUUUUCUGUGUUUGGCCAGGUGGAGAGGGCUGUGGUCAUUGUGGAUGACCGAGGAAGGCCCUCAGGGAAAGGCAUUGUUGAGUUCUCAGGGAAGCCAGCUGCUCGGAAAGCUCUGGAUAGAUGCAGUGAAGGCUCCUUCUUGCUAACCACAUUUCCUCGGCCUGUGACUGUGGAGCCUAUGGACCAGUUAGAUGAUGAGGAGGGACUUCCAGAGAAGCUGGUUAUAAAAAACCAGCAAUUUCACAAGGAGCGAGAACAGCCACCUAGAUUUGCACAGCCGGGGUCCUUUGAGUAUGAGUAUGCCAUGCGCUGGAAGGCACUCAUUGAGAUGGAGAAGCAGCAGCAGGAUCAAGUGGACCGCAACAUCAAGGAGGCUCGUGAGAAGCUGGAGAUGGAGAUGGAGGCAGCACGCCAUGAGCACCAGGUUAUGCUAAUGAGGCAGGAUUUGAUGAGGCGUCAAGAAGAACUUCGGAGAAUGGAGGAGCUGCAUAACCAAGAGGUUCAGAAACGAAAGCAGCUAGAGCUCAGGCAGGAAGAGGAACGCAGACGCCGUGAGGAAGAAAUGCGGCGGCAACAAGAAGAAAUGAUGCGGCGACAGCAAGAAGGAUUCAAGGGAACCUUCCCUGAUGCGAGAGAACAAGAGAUUCGGAUGGGCCAAAUGGCUAUGGGAGGUGCUAUGGGCAUAAACAAUAGAGGCGCCAUGCCCCCUGCUCCUGUGCCAACUGGUACCCCAGCUCCUCCAGGACCUGCCACUAUGAUGCCAGAUGGAACUUUGGGAUUGACCCCACCAACAACUGAACGUUUCGGGCAAGCUGCUACAAUGGAAGGAAUUGGAGCAAUUGGUGGAAAUCCUCCUGCUUUCAACCGUCCAGCUCCUGGAGCUGAAUUUGCUCCAAAUAAACGCCGCCGAUACUAAAUAAAAGUUGCAAUGUCUAGUUUCCCGCAACCCUUAAAAGAAGGUUCUUUUUGGACUAGCCAGAAUUCUACCCUGGAAAAGUGUUAGGGGUUCUUCCCAAUAGAUAGGUCUUCCCUGCCUGUAAUACUCUAGGGAGUAUGCUUGGAGGCAGAGGGCAAGGGAGGGGUGUUAAUUUAACAAAUCAAAGUCUGUGGUAUAUUGCUUUCUCAAGUCUGUCUGGUGCAUUCCUGAAAUGUGUUGAUUGUUGAGGGCCUUGAACCAUAGCAAAGUGAACUCAGAGAGCUCCAUUAAUCUUGAUCAUUCCUGUUUCCUUCUUUCCUUCCUUGCUUUCUUCCAUCCCUCCCCCCUUCAUUCAUCAUGUUUUAAUUACUUUUUCAUCUUUAUUCCCCUCAACCCCAGAGACACUGCCAUAUAUAUACCACAAAAUCUAAACAUCCUCCAAUGACCUAGCCCAAUUCCUCCAUUCACUCCCAGGUGAGAAUUCAGACAAAUGUCCGCAGAGGUUACAACAUACAUACGGUUCUGUUAUAUCUCAUAUAUAACCCCUUCAUGUCCUAAGGAAGACAUUUUCUCUUAGAGGUUUUCAUUUUAGUAUAUCUUUAAAAAAAAAAGUCUUGUGUUAACUUGCCUUCAUGUUUUUCUUGGGUAAGGACUACUCAAGAAUGAAUGCCCUUUUCUGUCUGAUAUUGCUGUUCACAGCUUUUCUUGAUAGGCCUAGUACAAUCUUGGGAACAGGGUUGCUGUGUGUUGAAGGUCUGACAGUAGCUCUUAGCCAUGCCUAUCUUAGGUAGUUACGCUGUGCAUUUUUUUAUUGGUGUACUUACUAUGUUUGAUUUGUUCCUGAUACCUUCAAUUUGAAAUUUUUCUGAGAAAUGAAGCAGUAAUGCCACAUCACCUUAUUAAAAUACAUUUGAAGCCUUUUAA